UAAAAAAGGAAUAUUGAGGUGGCAGGGAGAGAGGAAGAGUAGUGAGUUAGUUGAUGGAGUCGUGGAGAGAAGUUAGUAGAAUAAGUAUGUAGUAGAUACGUAUUUCUCUCAUUGAAGAAUAAGCUUUGUUCAGUACUCACUCACUCACUCUAGUUAGAAAUUGGUUAUUUGCAUCUUGUUUUACCAGUAGCAUGGCUUGUUGGAGGCGAUUCAUAAUGCACCUCCGUUAUUCAACCCAUCAAUCUCCAUGGCAGAUUGAAAGGCGUCAAUCCGAAUUUGGAAAGGUCAAAGAUUUAUUGACUACAAACUAUUCAUCUCGGAAUAAGUUUGAAGGCUAUUCAAGGAAUAAUAGGCUUUUCUUCUCCCAGUAUAGAUAUAAAGGAAAUCUGGCCAUACCACAAUGUGAUUCAUCCGAAGCUGCCGAGGAAGCCUCUUAUGAUCCUCAAGCCGUGAUUAGAGCAUUUGAAAGUCAGCCAUCUCUCCAUACAGAUUCUUUCGCAUUUUUUGAAUAUGUUAAAGCAUUAGUAAACGUUGAUAGGCUGGAUGAAAGCGAAUUUCUGAAGACUUUUCUAAGAGGUGACUAUUUGGCUAGAAUUGCUCAUUUUCUCUUGACUGUGCAUCUCUUUAAACAUUUCUUCCCUUGCAUUUCAGGUAUUUCUAACUCAGCGAGAGAGGAAGAUAGCCUCGGAACUGAAAGUGCUCCUAUUAGUAUGGCCACUGAAAUUUUUGGUAGAAAUUUCAUAGAUCGAAUGUGGGAUACAAUUCUGUUUGCUGGAGCACUCGUCCUCUUUUUGUAUUUAUUUAUGCAUGAAGGACAUGGUAUGUCUAAAAAAAUUCAGCCCACUGUGGAGACAAAUGUUAAAUUUAGCGAUGUGAAAGGUGUGGAUGAGGCAAAGGCCGAACUUGAAGAAAUUGUUCAUUUCCUAAAAGAUCCCGAGUACUUUAGUCGUCUUGGUGGCAAACUCCCUAAAGGUGUUUUGCUUUCUGGCCCGCCUGGCACUAGCAAAACAAUGUUAGCAAGAGCUAUUGCUGGAGAGGCUGAUGUUCCUUUCUUCCAAAUCAGUGGAAGUGAAUUUGAAGAGAUGCUAAUGGGUGUUGGUGCACGAAGGGUGAGAGAUCUUUUUGCCGCUGCAAAAAAGAAGUCACCUUGUAUAAUCUUUAUUGAUGAGAUUGAUUCAAUUGGUGGAAAACGAGGUAAUGAUGAGAAUAAAAAGAACAUGAGGCAGACUUUAAAUCAAAUGCUCUUUGAGCUCGAUGGAUUCAAACAAAACGAUGGCAUAAUUGUGAUUGGUGCUACUAAUCAUCCCGAGUCACUAGAUAAUGCUUUGGUAAGACCAGGGCGAUUUGAUCGUCAUGUUGUUGUUCCCAAUCCAGAUGUAGAAGGACGGCGACAGAUAUUGGAAUCUCACAUGUCAAAGGUUCUGAAGGCAAAUGAUGUUGAUGUAGAAAUCAUUGCUCGGCGUACACCUGGAUUCUCCGGUGCUGAGCUUGCAAACUUGGUUAACACUGCCGUCCUGAGGGCAACAAUGGAUGGUGCUAAAGCCGUGAGCAUGCAUGAUUUUGACUCUGCACGGGACAAGAUUAUAAUGGGAAGUGAACGCAGAUCAACAGUUAUAUCUGAGGAGUCAAGAAAGAAUACUGCUUUCCAUGAGGGUGGCCAUGCCUUAGUGGCAAUUCAUACUGAUGGUGCGCUUCCUGUUUACAAGGCAACUAUAGUUCCUCGUGGGAAUGCUCUUGGCAUGGUUUCUCAACUGCCUGACAAGGAUAUGACCAGCUACUCCCGUAAACAGAUGCUUGCCAAUCUUGAUGUUUGUAUGGGAGGUCUGGUUGCUGAAGAGCUAGUUUUCGGAGAAAAUGAACUUACUUCUGGUUCAUCCUCAGAUCUUUCAAAGGCAACUAACGUGGCCAGGCAAAUGGUUACUGAAUUUGGUAUGAGUAACGAAGUUGGACGCGUCACUCACAAUUACUAUGAUGAUGGGAGGAGUAUGAGCUCAGAAACUAGGCUGCUUAUUGAGAAAGAAGUGAAGAAAUUGCUUGACAGAGCUUACAAGAAUGCAAAAACUAUUAUAACCACCCAUGAAAAGGAGCUUCAUGCGCUUGCAAAUGCUCUUAUGGAGCAUGAGACACUUACAGGAAGUCAGAUAAAGGAAUUACUUGCAAAAGUCAAAUCCCCGCAGCAACAGCCGCAAUCAUGUGUAGUCGAAGCUCAAGGAAAUUCACAGUCCAAUCCAGUAGUUGUUGCGGUUUCCGCAGCCGCUACUGCGGCUUCCGUUGCAGCUGUUAAGGCUCAAGGAGUUUCCCAAGUAGGAUCUUAAUGUGGAAGACUACCGACACAUGCGGCGAAAUAAUCACUACCAGAUUAAUAUGUGCAAAUAGUAAUUUAUUUGGUGUUUUCGCAGUUGAACUUCAGUCGUGGAAUUCAUCUCAUAUUUAGGGUUAAGUUGAUUCCAUAUUUUAGAGUUUAAACUUCAAAUAUCUUGUAUGAGUUACCAUUGAGUUGUUUUAAUAACUAUGUUGUUACUUUUA